GCAGCUCCAGCUUGGCUGCAACUUGUUUUGUAUAAUACGUAGGAGUGGGGUAACAAUGAAAUCCUUAUCCGCCCCCCCGGCGGAUAAGCCGGGGGGGGGCCCCCCCCCGGCUUAUCCGCCGGCGGGCUGUCCCGAAAUAGGCCCCAUGAACUGGCCCGGCCCCGGCGCCCCUCGGGCUCACCCCAGCGGCGCCGGGGCCGGGCCAAUUCAUAGGGCCUNGGGGGGGGCCCCCCCCCGGCUUAUCCGCCGGCGGGCUGUCCCGAAAUAGGCCCCAUGAACUGGCCCGGCCCCGGCGCCGUUUGGAUGAGCCCGAGGGAGCCCGGGCCGACACACGGCACGCCGCUGGUGCUUAUGGUUUUUUUAUAGUAAUGCGCAGGAAGUUGCCAAGCGUCGCACUCGCACCAUCGGGGUUGGCAGAGCAAGAAAAUGGAGGGACACAGCGCGUCAAUGUUUGCCAUGCAAGCAAAACAAGGCGGAAAGACGUGGCGUUGGGAAUUCACACACAGAAAGUAGAUAGCCUCGCACGUCGGGGCCUGUUUAGGGGUUUUGUCAAUAGAAGCCCGGCCCUCAUCACGUUACAGGCAGAAGAGACACACACACACACAGACCGAGUCCGGCAGCGCGCCUCGCAAACAAGGGCGCCGGGCUUCACGCGUACAGGCUGCCUUGGGGCUGUUCGCAGGUGAAAGCGCCUCGCUGGCUUUGCAAGCUACUCACAAGCCCCGACGGCUACCAAUUGACUCGCGCUGAAAACAGGCCACACAAGAAAUCACCACUCAGCCCGCAGCCCCAUGCAGGCCCCCGGAGCUGCUGCCCCGGCGCCCUGGCGCCAUGCGUGCCGCGUGGCGAGGCGGCCGGGGUGCCGCGAGUGAGCCAGCACGGGGGUGGUAGCUCGCUGGUAGCGGGCUGCGGCUUGCCCAGGGCCACAACCCGCCGCACUGGGCCCCGGGGCCUGUGCGGCGGGAAAACCCCACCGGGGCCCGAGGUGGGAAGCGGGAAAACGUGCAAUGGGAACCGAGAAAACCUCAUUGGGCCCCGAGGCCUGUUGCGCGUCACUAACUUCGGACGAGCAUCUGCGCCGCGCCGGAAACCUAGAGCACAUUGGCCGGCGGCGGUAUGAAAAAAAAAGCCGGCGAACAAAAGUAGAGCGCGCGAGGCUAUCGCCCGCGCGGCUCAAUUGCUCAAAUAUCUAUGGCCGUGGCGGAAGCUAUUGAGCCGCGCUGUGGCAAGCUAACAUGUCACCAGCACGGCCCGGCCCGCGGCCCAGGAAAUGGCUGCCCAGCCUAGAGCCCCCUCCUGCCUCGGUAGAAUAUAAGUCGAGCACGCCACCGGAGGGAAUUUUACCAGCGAUGGCGCCCCACAUUUAUAAGAGGCGAGCCCUCGGCGCGCAGCCGUGGGCGUUGUCGCGGCCUGUUUCGGUGCGUGGCAGCCUGGGCCCAUUGAAAAAGCAGGGCGGGGGGCCCAUGACGGGCGGCGGGCUUGGGUUUGCACAGGCGCACACCCCUAGAAGGCGGGCGCGCGCAAGAUGAAACCCUCAGCCCGUUGCGUUUCAUUCUCGCUUCGGACCCUAAGCCGCUGCCUGCAGGCAUGCGUGCCCAAGAGCAGGGCAGCAUGGCCUGGCAAGUACGCACACAGCCCGAAUGAUGUAAGCGAGGAAGCUCGGCGGCCCUCACGCUGGGGGUUUACUUCUGUGGGGCAAGUUCUAGCCCUGGCCCUGUGUGCCCGCUGCUAUUUGCUGGCCCACUUCUUGCAUGGCGAAUGUAUUCCCCAAGCUUUAGCACCUUUUGCGUGGCAAGUAUGUAUCUGCUGGCGGUUUUUUUAAGUCUAAAGCGGUCCCGGCAGUGAGUGUAGAGCCUUCAAAUGCUGCGCCUGCUACUUUCAAAGAAACACCUCAAAGGCCGGCGGCGUCAUGCCGUCGACCUUUGUGGUGUUUCAAAAUCUUCCCACAACAUGCCGGAUGUUGUCGGCAUUUCCGGGUCCUUCAGGCGAUGGUAGCGCCCGGCCACUUUGUCGCGGCUAUACCGGUACGGCCCGCCGGCGGAUAAGCCGGGGGGGGGCCCCCCCCCGGCUUAUCCGCCGGGGGGGCGGAUAAGGAUUUCAUUGUUACCCCACUCUAGAUAGUUUUCGUUUUGAAACUGAAACAAGAAGUGCUAAAUUAGAAGAUUCUAGCUCAGUAGUUCGUAGUUGUCGUGAUCGUUCAAAGUGGCAGAAAGGGCUACAUGAGCGACCGAACAGCUCACAAAUGAACUGCAUCUAUCGAAAAAGAAGCGUUACUUUUCGUUGUAUCUCUAAAUGCAAUCACAUGUGUCAACUUUACAAUUACCACACACGGAUCUGCAGCUGGGCAAUCCGGAUCUACCGAGGUUCCAAAAAGGCAUCGUAAUCGUACGCACGUACUAAAGCGGCCCGACCGCAAAACGACCCUAACAUGUAAAACAAUAGUUCGCAUGAAGAUCGAGCGUUAGCAAUUUUCACCCUAGCCGGUUUUGGUAAGUUUUCGGUUGAAAGCAGUUGCAAACUCAGCUCGAUUUAUCCAUUAUCUCGCGGAUUUAUUAUAUUCUAGUGCAGUACAACUAGCAGCAUAUGAUUAGCUAACGAACACGAAGCACGAUAGAUCAAGCGCAGAAAUAAAAAGCGCGAAGUACUAUUCAUCGAGUGUAGUUGAUGAACUCUGAGGAUCAUGAUAUCAGAAGUAGAUUAUUUCUCGUUUACAUGUGAAUCUCGUCACUGCGCCUGCAGCGGAAGCUUCUGUAGCAGAAAAGGCCUCUGCUGCGAGCUGGGAUGACGCGUUGUGUCACGCUGCAAGCUUCUUCUCGCUUAAAAAGAAGCUUCCGGCUGAUACGGUAGUGACCAUGGCAAGAGCCGAGCACUGGUUAUUGUCUCCGAAGACUUAGACUGCGUAUUCAGCGCAACGGCAACGACUUCUAUUUCAAUUUCUACAUGAUUACUAUAACGACUUUCGAUUAUCUGCUGAACGAACAAAUUAAACCGACAACGAAUGUACGAGGACACGGGAUUUUCUAUUGAUCUUGAUGCAACUUCUGAAUCUGAUGACCAGUUUUGGGAGGACGAAGAACGAGUAAAACCUGCGGGCUAACGGGAGCGGUGGAUACUCGACCGCAGUUUUUAGAAAUGACCCUCAUUGCAAAAGAACCGCGUGAUCGUGAACCAGCUCGUUCGCUGUGCGAAAUGCAAAAAGAAGCUGCAUUAUUUCCACGACCUUGUAGUUGCAGCGAAU